GAUGAUUGUUUUGUUUUCAAAAAUAUUCACACGUGUGUGAUUUGCUGCAUAAGCCGGUGGUAUUGCUUGCGGGAUUUUAUUUUUGUAUUAUUUCGUAAUAAUUGCGUUGGUUGUUGUUAAUUUUUCAUUUCAGAUCAGUGAUUAGCAGAUUCGCGUAGACGUUGAUCGAGGCCGUGAUCAAGUGCUCGUGAAGAUCAUCCCAAGUGGGGAUUAAUUAACAGUGGCUACCUUGGUGCAUCUGAAUCAACGUUUCCAGAGUCAUCCGGCCAUGGACGACACAAUCGAUGAGGAGGUGAUCUCGGCGGGAUCGACAAUAACGGUGGAGUUUAGUGGAGGCGCCGAAACGCUCUUUGGCGGCGUUAAGGAACAUGUGGUCCCACUUGAUGGGUCGAAAAUCGUACUGCUGGAGGAGAUGCUGCGGUGGCUUCGGGACAAUCUGCUAACCGGCGAUCCAAACCUAUUCCUCCAGGAGAACUCGGUCCGACCGGGCAUCCUGGUCAUGAUCAACGAUACCGAUUGGGAUCUGAUGGGCGAAACCGAAUACAUUCUGCAACCCGGCGAUCAUGUGCUGUUCAUUUCCACCCUCCACGGAGGAUAAGGCUGACUCCCGGGGGAACCGGAAUCUGUGAUACAAUUCGAAGUUUGGGU